AUGAAGUCAUUUCCUCAUGUGAUCAAUGAGGCACUCAAAAGCCAGAUCAAUUCGGCCUGUAGUGCUGAGAAUGGCUUACCGGGCGCUUCUGUUGCCAUUGUGGGGAAAGAUGGCAAGCUAUUGUUCUCCCACGCAGGAGGGCAGAGAGGAAUUGUGAAACCCGAGCCCAUGACAACCGAUAGCGUGUUUUGGAUCGCGUCGUGUACGAAGUUGAUCACCGGGAUUGCGUGUAUGCAGCUCGUGGAACAGUGUCGGCUUUCCUUGGAUGAUGCCGACGAGACUGAGCGCAUCUGCCCUGAGUUGAAGGAUAUCAAAGUCUUACAAGACGAUGGCACAUUGGUUGAUAAAAAGCGAGGCAUUACCUUACGGAUGCUUCUGACGCACACGGCUGGGUUCGGAUAUGCCUUUAUGAAUGACAAAUUGCGAGACUACAGUCAUCCAGCCGGUUAUGAUGAGUUUUCGGGUGACUUCAGAGACUUUAAGCAACCACUUGUGCACCAGCCGGGAGAAGCUUGGGAGUAUGGAGUAAACAUCGACUGGGUAGGCGUCGUGAUUGAACGCAUCACCAAUAAGUCACUGAACGAUUACUUCCACCAACACAUCUUUGAGCCGCUAGGGCUUACUCAUAUAUCCAUGGUGCCCACUUCAGAGAUGAAGGAGGAGCUCGCCUAUAUGCACCACCGUGACUUGAAAGGCCGAAUCUGGCCUCGAGACCAUUUGCUCCGGCGAGCACUGACAGCAGAGUCCAAAUCAGACUUAGACUCCUAUUUCAACAGUGGCGGAGCUGGAUGCUUCUCGAAGCCGGAGGAUUACUGCCAAAUCCUAGCAGUGCUUCUCAAUGGUGGAACCUCGCCGACCACUGGAGCGCAACUGUUGAAGGAAGAUACUGUGGAACAAAUGUUCUGCGACCAGGUUGCGCAUCUUCCGCCUCUGUGCGAAAAGUACCUCGCAGACUCGAAGCCUGAACUGGCCGGUGCCAGUACGGGUCUUCAUCCGACCGUUGCUGGGGAUCGCCAGGGCUGGGGGCUGAGCUUCUUGCUAAGCGGGGGCUCUACUGGCCGCUCCGUGAGAACAGCUCAAUGGUCUGGACUCCCAAACCUUUUCUGGUGGUGCGAUCGGGAAAAUGGGGUUGCGGGUAUGGUGUGUGCACAAAUAUUGCCGUUUGGUGAUGCUCAUGUUUUCGAUCUUUUCCAAAGCGUGGAAGGUCUUGUGUAUUGGGCGAAUAAUAGGGCCACUUAG